AUGAUGGUUGCAAAGUUUUUUUGUAUACUUAUUUCAGCUUUUCAAGUGAAAGGCUUCUUCUCCGCUAGAAAAUGUGAAAAGAUCUCUUUUGAUGAGCAACAAGACGCCUAUCAUGACAAAGAGUUUGUCGGCCAUGUCUUCCACAGUUUUGUCACUUCAAACUCACAGCAGUGCUAUCUGUGGUGUAUCAACGACUGUCGAUGUCUGUCGAUAAACUACAAGGUCCAGAACGACAUCAAAUACUGCGAGUUGAACGAAGGCAGCCAUUUUACCGAAAAUAACUCUCUGAAAAACAUCCACGGAAGCGUUUACUACGUACUGCGGAGAGAAUACUCCACUAAGGUACCAAACUUUAUCAUGUAAUAAGGUAUUUGAACGCGAAUGGUUUUCAGUCUUCAUCCUGGUAUAACAGUCCAUUCUCUCUUUUUUGAUUUGACAUCGAGGAAGCUUCUACCUGACGAUAGAUAGUACAAAUAAUCAUUUCAAUUAGAGGCAUUAUUUUGUAAUGUAAUAUGCUUCGUAACCCCGUCAAAAAUUUUCUUUCUAAUGGAUGGUAAUGUCUUUCCAAAAAGUGUUUAAGAUUAAUUUUUUUCUUUAAAACUUAACGUGCCUGCUGCCAAUGAGACUAUCAAUUUAAAUUGAUUAUUGGGAAAAACCAAAAACUAAAAACUGAACUGACAGAAAUAUAUAUUUUAUUUAUAUUAAGUCUGCAUUUCAAGUUCCUCUUUUAUUUGGGUAUUCGGAAGGUAGAGAGAUUUUCUCUUUUAAAUUCCUAUGAAAGGAGAUGGGCGUAUCGAAUGAUGGAAUAUGAAAAUGGAGUCGAAGGUAAAAACUUCAACGAAUUUCAUAGAAUUUCGGAGACGAAAGAAAAAUUCAUUCAAGAAUUAAUCCUGGCAGGUACAUUAGCUUCUCACCUGCGAGGAUCAUGUUUGUGUGGGAUUUCCCCACACUUAAUUAAGGCAAUUGUUAACCACUACAGUAAUAAACGAAGAAAGUUGAGUGAAGUACAUGUAAACACUUCGAAUUCGAGUUUUUGCUACUCUCACACAAAACUAGUUAAGUUUUAAAAUAUGUUACUUAGUAAGUUUUACAACCCUUCAACUUACAUUUCUUGUGAGCUUUCACAGAUCAAACUGUCAAUUUAUGUCUAGUUAUUCAGGAUUUGUCGUAGUUCUUCGUUUUGGAGGUUCGAAGGGAGCAAUUAGGUCUUAAGACCUAAUUUUGAGCCACGCGCUGUCGGGUAUUUAUCUUAGUGCGUAAAUAUUCGCUUUCUGUUUGUAUAUGCAAAACAUUCUUGGAUGAAUAAGGAACAAUCGUACCAAAUUCCAGUUCUCAGACGGAACUGCCGGCAUUUGCAUAUUGAAAGUAUGUCAAAAAUUGCGUCGAUCCUAUGGAAAUCCAAAAUUUGCGCAAAAAAUAAAAUUAUAGUAGAUGGUGUCGCGCCAUGCAGAAGAAAAUUUAUACUUGAAUGAUUUCGUUACUUUCAACUCCCGUUUACUGCUACUAAUAACCGAAGUUUUACGGACAGAUAUAACAUAAUGACAAAGUCCAGUAUUAUCCUGUGGAUUUACGAUUAGCAAUUUGAGGUUCUCUCUUUUAACUACGAUUUGUUGAUACAUUGCGUGACGGUGCAAAUGCGAAGCCGUCAAUUGUUUCUCGAAUAUUGCGCGUGUUAACUAUUCAAUGGUGACAUCUCAUUUACAUCUACAUCUACAUCUACAUCUACCUUUAUCAAGUUGGUAUAUUCUGUACAGACAUCACACCAACCAACUCACGCGCAAAGUGAGAAGACUAUAUGAAGGCUUAAGAACGGUUGUGAUCAAGAAAAGGGCAAGGAAUAUUCUACAGUGGUACAAAUAAUCGUCAAAGAUGAUCACAGAAAAGCGAUUGUGUGACACUCGGUAACUUGUAGGAUGACAUGUUAUCACGUAUCAGACGAAAAAAUAGUAUAAAUUCUGAGUCUGCAUUUUGUACCCAGUCUGCAGUCUGCAUUUGUAUCUAGUCUGCAUUUUGUACCCGGUCUGCAGUCUGCAGUCUGCAUUUUGUACUGACCGGAUUGGUAUUGCUGUUUUUGUUCGAGCGAGCCUUAAGUCCAGACCAGAGUAUUGGACCUCGAAAAAAAAUUUAGUGCGACUAUCUUGGCCGCUGUGUGGACUGUAUGUUGAGGAGCUUCCGAGGAAAAGCGCAAUGAAAGAGCAAUGAUUACUUUACACCAACUGAAGACGAAUGCAAAUGCCGGCUUACCAAUAUGGCUGCCUCUGAUGCUAUUCCGCGUGAUCACAGCGUGUGUUGAAAUGAGCCCGCUACGGGUCCCCUAGGUGUGAACAUUUCAGCUUCUCGAUUUAAGUUACAUUUUUAGAACUUCGGAAAUGUAAUUUAGGGUUUUAUUUUUAUUGAACCAUACAAACAUUUUAUUCCUUUCCACGUGAGUUUCUGAGCUUCAUCGAAAUUAAUUUUGACUUUUGCUUUCAGCAUGAAAGAGGUAAAAACUAAUGCCUUCAAACCUCCUGCCAAAAAUUUUCACAUUUCACCGAUCAUGUUAAAACAGAAAAACUAAUUUGUAAAAGUAUAGUUUACGUACAGUGUUCUACGCUAGAAGCUCGAAUACUAUUAGCUAACAUUUGCAGUUACUUGCUGGUUUAUCCAGGUUUAUCGUAAACAAAUUCUACUCUGCUACUAGCGACUGAUUCCAAUAAUUCCGCUGAUGAAUAAAAGUACACGGCAGUUACCUUUUUGUCGAACGCAAAUAUUUCAUGAGUCUCUGAAGUAGUGUGUAAAUGCCUGAAGCGUGUUGACUCGAACACAUUUUGACAGUUAAUUGUGCGAAGCAUUCGGUGGCUGAGAACCUCAUAUGCUCAAAUGCACUCUAUUGGAAUAUGCGCCAAGCCCUAACCUGCAAAAUGUUUACUUCAGUGACUCUUUACUCUGUCAAUCACGUAGGCCAUAAAUAUUUAUCACGGGAAAUUUACUGCGGGGAAAUAUUGGAACCACUCACUAAAUGCAGUUUCCCGUUGUAAAAUUCUACAUACAUUGCCCAUACUGGCCCUAUUUUUAAGGAACUUAAACUCUUAAAAUUUCAUGAUAUCCAUUCGUUUCAAUUAGGUACUUUUAUGUUUUCAUUCGUGAACUCUACACUCCCUUCCAAAUUCAAUAACUUUUUUUUACUGAAUAGUCAAAUCCACAAUUAUAAUACUAGGAAUGCUUAGUCCUUCCGCUUGCCACUGUGCAGAACGAACACCAGGAAGUUUUCAAUUUACUUUCAAGGUCCAAACUUUUAUAAUUCGCUAAAUUCUGACAUAACUAGUUCUCCCUCCUCCGCUUCUUUUAAAAGAAAGCUUAAGGAACUUCUCUCUAGGUAUUAACUUCUGUAAGGCAGUAAUUCUUAACUAUCUUACUUAAUAUGUGUGUGCGUGCGUGUGUGUGUACGUGUGCGCGGUCAAAGUUAAUUACCAUAAGUCCAUAUUGAAAUUCUAAUAUAAGAUUAGUUAUUUUAAGUGAGAAAGCCUGACUUGUUAUAAGCCUCGUGGUUUCUUUCAGGUUUUCUCGCCAUUUAUUCUCUGUCAUCAAUUUUCUUAAUUUUUUUUUUUCCAUCUUUAAAUGCUGUAUAUGGCAAAAUAAAUAUUGUAUUGUAUUGUAUUGUAAAAGGGUCACCUACCGCGAUAAAAAAAGUCCUGUGUAACCGCGCCCUAAGAGAGUUAGGGUGCUUACCAUUUAGCAAAAAAUCCGGAAAUGUCGGUUGAAAGUCAAAUGGAACUGACGUCAAAUGAUCCAUCUCGCUCGGCUGGUUUGCUGUUAAAACUGUUACCUUUAUUUACCAGUCAUCUUAACCAUUUUAUUCUGUCAAAUGGUAAGCACCCAUAAUUUCCUCGAAACUAGACGUCCAAACAUGUUUCCCCUAGCUGUUUUCUCGUCUGCAGCUUGGGAGUCAAUACAUGGAAUUUUUACUCGACAUUUAUCGCGAUGACAUGACAAAAUGCAUUACAUUUACUGUAAAGCCAAUCCAAACCGCAUCAACGUUUAUUUGACACAAGUACGCAUUGUGAGCCUAUUUUUUAGCUUUGCGCUCGCGUUUUCAGCCCGUCAGAAGCGUCUAAUCUUUUUUUCAUAUACAUUUUAGGCUCCUACCAACAUUGUUCCUUGUGCUGAUGACUUUACGUGUACCAAUGGCUGCUGCAAGAACAAUCCGUGUCUUAAUAGAGGAACCUGUACUGAGAUCUGUCAACCCACAAGUGUUCGGUACAACUGUUCCUGUCCUGUACAGUUUGUAGGAAAACACUGCGAGAUUCAGCUAAAAGGAAGCUGUCAGGAUUACAAAGCAGCCGGGUCCACCGCCUCCGGAUUGUACAAAGUUAAUGAUAACAAUAAUCAAACCUUCCAGGUGUUCUGUGAUUUUGACUCAGAGCCUGGGUUUGCUUGGAACCUGAUUGAGUCGUUUAACCUAUCCAACAAAGAUCGUUUUCAGGUAUUUGCUUUCUCUUUAAAUCUUCUAUAAAUAUCUAAUAAAUGAGCGUAGGACGAAAGCACAUUCAGCGGAAAGAUGUGAAAUACAUUCAAUCUUUUGUUGCUUCCAUGAGUUUUGUUUCAUAAGCGACAGUUUUGACGAUGAUCAUAACUUCCUUAUCAAUUCUACUUCCUCUACAGGAGGUGUUUUACGAUGACUACCAAGCCAUCAGCGGUGAUGCCCCAAAUUGGCAGGCCUACCUCAUCAAACGACCCUACCUCCUUUGGCUCAGAGAUCACUCGACUCACUGGAGAGCUACUUGCCGGUACAACACAGAUGGCACCGUAUACACAGAUUACCUGAGAGCCUCGCUUGAAGACUUUGACAUCAUUAAAGACGUACCCACGGUGGUAUACACCUGUCGACCUUACGAAUAUAUCAACAUCCGGGGAAAUGAGUGUGUGAAUUGCACUGCAUUCACAGCGUAUAAAAAAGGCAGAUAUCCUCUGCAUGUCGACUCUUAUAUAACCCGUUUUUCCUGCAAUCUCGACGCAAGCAAGACGGCCAUAUUUAGCGAGGACAACUUUGGAAAGUACGAUUCUACAAAUCCCAAAUUCCGUUGUACCUCAAACUCGAGUGAUACGACUCAGUUCUGGAUCGGAGGCAAAUAG